UUAAAGACUGAUCGAAUUUGUAAAUUAUAAACUUACAGUAGGGUUUUUAUAAAUGCUUCAUUUCCUCCUAAUCAUAAGCACUAUCAAAAGAGAAACAACAGCACUUCAGCUCUGGAAAUACAAGCGUCUUUGCUGUCAUAAUUCAAGCAGUCACCAUGGGAUCACUGAAGGGUCUCAUUGUCCUCUGCCUGCUUGAUCUGUGUGUUCAAAGCAUUCAGGGUGACGUGAAACCUGCUGCCAUUGCUAAAAUUAUCCAAUAUUUUGCAGACAAUGUCCAGCCACAGACUGAUAAAGGUCAACCUUCACAGUAUGCAUUUGCAAUUACUGUCCCCAAUGCUCAGUGUACAUCAGAACAAUCUGAUAUCCAGACUGUGUUCAGCAAGAAAGAGGCAGAAUACGUAAAAAGUGUGAUCUCUAAAGGAGACACAUGUAUACUCUGCUCACAGUCAGGCUUGGAGUUAGGCAUUGUCAUUGCUACUAGGCCAAAUAGAAUAACUAAGGAACAUUCUGAGCAUAUUCUGCUCUAUCCUCUAGGUAAUUCUCCCAUGGACAAACUUCUAGCGAAGGCAGAUCAGAAUAGCUGUAUAGUUUUCUAUUCAUACAACUCACCUUGUGUAAAGAAAUGCAUUAAGAGCGAAGACAAUAUUCUGGAUGGCCUUUCAAACUGGAAGAAUAUCCGGAAAGAUGCAAUGAAUGUUUUUGUCUUUGAAAAGAUCUGGCCAAAAGAUGCCCGGAAGAAGGACAUGGCCGAAAAUCUCAUGAAGAUUCACGACCAAGUGCCUCUUUAUCGGUGUAACAACACUAAUGGGAUGGAAUGCCGGAACUGUGUGGAAAAAAACACUAGAAAUGUGAUUCCUUUCUGUCUGUCUGUCUGAAAAGUAAAAUUUUUGUAUUUCCUGGAAAUGCUGUUCAAUGAUCAAAAGCUGACAUGUUAAUGAAUAAUUCCCACCUAAUGAAUAACUCCCACUUCAUUUAAAAAAAAAAAAACCCUCUCAUAAAAAUAUUUUUGCAUGACACAGGUUAGGAAGUCUGUUAUUAUUUACCAAACAGAUAUUUCUUUCUAAGUAUUAUGCUUAUUAUGCUUUAUUUCUAAGUAUUAUGCUUAAACACCUAUUCUGUGCCCAGUAAAAUAUUUUAAUCUGU